CUGUUGACAAACAUAAAUUAUAUCAAUCGAUAGUAAUGGACAAAAAUAUAAAUGUAAACAAAAUCUUUGGCCUGACUGUAGAAGGUAUCGCAAUAAUGGAAAAAUUAAAACACAACACGGAAAUCACCGAUAAGCUUUUAACAAAAAUUACACACAUCCUUUGUGACUGUCUUUUCGUCGUAAGCGGAGGGAGAGCAUCAACAACACAUAAGGACUUGCUGGCUAAAUCACUUGUUGAGACUUAUCCAUCUCUGUCUUCUGCUGCAUCAGAUAACGCACAGUCUCUGUGGUUCCACAAACACGGACGUGGUAUUGGCAAACAUGCUGGAAAACUACACUACAGACUGGAAUUUUUGAGUAAGAAGGCGGAAAAAAGACUUUUUGUGCGCGAAUCGGGAAAUAAACCAUUGAAUGUAUCAAAUCUAGAACCUGUGCAAAUUUUGGACGAGCUACCGUCAGCUGAGGAUAUGCUUACUGAGUUGCAAUAUUCUAUACCUAAUGAUCAAUCGAAGGAGCGUUUAGUUGCCGUAUGGAAAGCAACCAUUGCAUACCGCAAUGAGCAGCGAACUGCCGGAACAUUUUCGGAAUUUUUGAAAGAUUUCCCCGUUGCUUCAGCUUUUAAUGGAGAACUGCUUGCAGAAGACUUUGCGAUGCUGAAACCAAAAGCAGAUAAUUUUGACAUUACCUGGAAUAAUCUGCAGCCAAAAGUGAUAGCUUGCUUUGAUGAAAUGUUUCUUCACAUUUCUGAUCCAUUUCUACGAAGUUUGGCCAUUAUUAGGGUCAAAAACCCUACCAGAGGCGCAAGACAAUCUCGUGACAAUUCACAAAAGACGAAUCCAUUACAUAAAAUUAUCGAUUGGAUUGAUCCUGAGGCCGCAUUUCCAGUAUGCGAGAACCCGCAAAUUUUUGUAGCUGCAGAAAACUUUAAAUCUGGUGAUUGUUACCUGAUCUGGAAAGACGUCGUUAUCAGCACUGGGCAAGAUUUGAAGCACACUUUUAUUUUGCUAUGUAAAGGCUUUACAGUCUUUAACACACAGCCAUUGCCAUCCGACAAACUGUUUUUUUCAUUUUUUAGUGCGGCAAUGCUAAAAAUAAUGCCAUUUAGCACAACUGCGAAUAAGUUUUUGAUGAUGCUCCCUAAAUGAAAAUAAGAACUAAUGUUCCUUUUAUUAACAUUUUAACUACCAUCUGUAAAUAGAACAAAGCAAAAAUGUAGUAAAACAUUGAAUUGAAAAAUUCUGCUUCACUAUUUGCCUUCACGCUAUGUCGGAGCCUGGCAAUUUAAAACAAAUACCUACUGAUUAAAUAAAUUAAAUUCUGUUAAAUUUAUGUUUCUGGUAGAAAAGUAACGGCGCUCUUCAAAAAUAAGUUCAACAAAAUAAACCAACAACUAAAUACAGUAAUAUAGGUCUGUUGUAUGAAAAAUGAAACCUUAUGAAUCUCCCGAAAAUAAUUCAAAUAGCUAUUCAAACUUCUGAAUUUUUUUGUAAAAUAAAGCUCUAA